UAACCUGAAAAACUAACUGUCAAUUGAAAUUUGUUGUGGCGGGAGAUUUCCCGGAUUGUGUUUGUGAAUUAAACAACAACCUGCAAACAGAUAAUAAUUUGAUAAAAACAACAGAUAAUUUUGGGUGUAACGUAAUCGUACCAUGUCGAAAGACAUCCGUUCCUUUUUCACUGUAAUUUCAAAGAAGUCUGAUGCAAAUUCGCCCAAAGCUGCUUCUCCUGCCGUUAAAAAGAAGCCAAAACGUAUCAUAGACUCCGAUGAUGAGGACGUGAUUUCUGCCACUCCAGACAAAGAGCAGAAGAAGGUUGAGAAGAAACGUGAAGUUCUAAGUUCAGACUCUGAUGAAGACGCGAAGAAAAAAAGGAAGACUGAAGAACCGAAAUUAAAACCGGUGAAUGUGGCCGACGUGUUUAAGAACAGUCCUAUAAAACAGAGCAAGGUUGAAGUGCCACAAACACCCGAAGUCAAGCCUACAAAAGCAGAAGAGAAAAAACCCAAAAAUAGGAAGAAAAAGCACGAUGCGGAGAAGGAGAUUCACAACAAUAGUGCUUUCAACAAGACGCUGGAAGACUUAGAUGAUGAUAUUUUCGAACAGAGUAUUCAUCUUAUUGAGUCAAUUGAGGAAGCGUACCAGGGUGAUAAAGAAAAGAAAGAAAGUAAAAAUGAAUCAGAUAGUCAAGUUCAAAGCGCAAAGAAACGAUCAAGAAACGAUUCGUCAAGUGAUAAUCAAACACCUAAGAAGAAGAAAAUUGAGCAUUCGGACUCUGGUAUUGAUCCGGGACAAGAAGCUCAUGAAAAAAAGAGAUACUCAGCCAUGCUCUACCAAAGGUACCUCAACAGAGGGGAACCCAAACAUCUUGGAAUGAAGGAAUUGCCAAAAGGGAAGCCGAAUUGUUUGCAAAAUUUGUGUUUCCUAAGAACUGGCGUUUUAGACUCGCUUGAUUCGGAGGAGUUUGCAAAUAUAAUAAAACAACACGGUGGACGUGUAGUGCACGCAGUUUCAAAAAAAGUAAAUUAUGUGGUUGUGGGUGCAGAACCAGGGCCGGCAAAACUUGCAAAAGCUGAAAGUUAUAACAUACCUAACAUAUCUGAAGAUGAGCUUUUGGACAUGAUACUUACAAAGUCAGGGAUGGAACCGAAAUAUUGCAAAAAGAAUACGUCGUGUGAUAGCGAGGAUUUAGGCAUUGAUUUAAACCAUGAAACAAAACCUAGCAAAGAAAAAAUAAGUAACAAAACUGAGCCUAAAAAAGAAACGCCUGAAAAAAAAUCGAGUGUCAAAAAACAAAACGGUACCGCUCCAUCCAAAAUAGAGCAGGAAAUUAAAAGUGAAACUCUGUCAUCUAACAGUUUUUAUAGCCAACCUGGCACUAGUAAAGUUUCGGAAAGUACAAAAAUCGAAAAUAAAGUAGAGGCAGUUCAGUUAUCCUUGCCUGAAAAAUACAAGCCACAGACACUUCGAGCAGUAAUAGGACAACAAGGUGAUUCAAGUAAUUUGGCCAAACUCAAACACUGGCUUGAAAAUUGGUACAAAAAUCAAGACCCGAAAGUUAAAAAAACAUUAGCACGUCCUAGUCCUUGGUCUACUAAGAAAGAUGAUGGUGCUUAUUUCAAGUGUGCGUUGUUGAGUGGUCCACCAGGUGUUGGUAAAACCACAACUGCAACACUUGUGGCAAAGGAAUUGGGUUUGGAUAUAGUCGAGUUUAAUGCUUCUGAUACGAGGAGCAAGAAGUUGCUACAUGAAGAAGUGGCGCAGUUGUUGAGCACUAAAACAAUAGCUGGAUAUGCAACAGGCCAACCGAAUGUGAACCGCAACCGCGUGUUGCUAAUGGACGAAGUGGACGGAAUGGCAGGAAACGAGGACCGCGGCGGCAUCCAGGAACUAAUCCAGCUGAUUAAAAAUUCAAGCGUUCCGAUAAUUUGCAUGUGCAACGACCGAAAUCACCAAAAAAUCCGAUCACUUGUCAACUACUGCUUCGAUUUGAAAUUUACCAAACCAAAACUUGAACAAAUUCGGGGGGCAAUGAUGUCGAUCUGUUGCAAAGAAAACAUCGAUGUUUCCACACAAGCAUUGACUGAAAUUAUCGCCGGAACGGGCUGUGAUGUCCGCCAGACGCUCAAUCAUUUGGCUCUGUUGGGAUCAACCAAAGGGGAAAUCACAGUUGAAGUGGCUGAAAAGGAGUCAAAAGCUUCAAAGAAAGACACUGUGAUGGGUCCAUGGGAGGUGUGUCGGACUGUUUUUACCAAAAGCGAACAUAAGGAUAUGAGUGUAGCUGACAGAGCGAGAUUGUUUUUCUUCGAUUAUAGUUUAGGGCCGCUUUUUAUUCAAGAAAAUUAUUUGAGGGUGCAACCCGAGGGUUCAAAGAAAGAAGGGUUACUAAAGGCUGCUUUAACCGCUGAUUCUAUAAGUGUUGGCGAUAUUAUAGAAUCAAAAAUCAGAAGAACCAAUAAUUGGGCGUUGCUUGAAUCGCAAGCUUUCUUUUCGUCUGUUAUUCCAGGUCAUUACAUGUCCGGUCAUUUCAAUUCCCAAAUUAAUUUCCCCGCUUGGUUGGGGAAAAAUUCGAAGAAAAAUAAGUUCAAGAGGUUGAUUAGUGAGCUGCAAUCGCACACACGUACUAGUGCAUCUGCGAGCAAAAUGGCAGUUAAGUUGGAUUAUUUGGUACCGCUCCGAAAUGCAAUUUUUACACCACUGAUUAAGAACGGAUUGGAAGGAAUCAAUCAAGCGGUUGGUGUGAUGAAGGAUUAUAACCUCCUGAGAGAAGAUGUCGAUAGUUUGAUAGAACUGUGCCAAUGGUUACAAGGAGAAAAUCCAAUGAAUAGUAUCGAUUCGAAAGUAAAAAGUGCGUUUACUCGCACAUACAAUAAACAAGUCACUCUAUUACCAUAUGCUCCUGCGUCUGGAGUUUCUAAAAAGAAAGCGGCUGCUUUGGAAAGUGAUCUCUUGGACGAACUUGAUGAAAUUUCCGAUAAUGAGGAUGAUGACGAUAUUAGUAAAAAUGCUAUGAUUAAGGUGAAAAAGAAGACAGCUCCUAAAGGUAAGAAGGCUGAUGAAGGUAAAGGUACAAGUAAAAAUGAGAAGAAAGGAAAAGCGAAGAAAAAGUAAUUUGUGUUUUCUUUUUAAUUAUUCAUUUAUUUUUCUCUACUAUGUUUUAUUUAACACCAACAAAUAAUUUCUUUGAAA